AUGAGUACUCCCGGCGGAACCCUGACGCGAACAGCUGUAGUCACCGGUGCACGUCGUGGCAUCGGCCGCGCCAUUGCUCUAAAGCUCGCUCGAGACGGAUGUAAUGUCGCUAUAUUGGAUUUACCGCUAUCCGCAGCUACGGCUAGUCAACUUGGAUCGGACCCUUUGGAUGAACUCCGCCAAGAAAUCGAAACACUCGGUCGCUCGUCUGUGGCCAUAUGUGCCGACGUUGCGAAUGAAGAGGACGUGAAGAAUGCAGUACAAGCCACGGUAUCUAAUCUAGGCGGAUUGGACAUCAUGGUGGCAAAUGCAGGAAUUGCAGUCCCUGACAGACUUGUAGAUGGGACACUCGAAAACUUUGAUCGCGUGAUGUCCGUAAAUGUCACAGGGGUACUCUUAUGCUACAAGUACGCCGCAAUUGAGAUGAUCAAACAAGGACGAGGCGGAAGAAUACUUGGAGCAGCCUCUAUCGCCAGCAAGAUCGGCACACCUGGCAUGCUGUCGUACACUGCGAGCAAGUUCGCUGUACGGGGUAUCACUCAGUCGGCGGCGGUAGAACUGGCCAGGCAUAAGAUCACCGUGAACUGCUACGCUCCCAAUGCAGUUGAUACGCCAAUGUUGGCAGAUCUGGCGGAACACGCGUCCAAAGACUCUAACAUGAGAGGAAACUUUGACAAGUUCGUCGACAUGAUACCGGCGGGUCGCGUGGGUACGCCUGAGGAAGUGGCGGAGCUGGCUGCCUUCCUUGCAAGCGAGCGCGCUGGGUACAUCACGGGGCAGACGAUAUCGGUCAACGGCGGAAUGCAUAUGGACUAA